AUGAACUCUGCACCCAAGGACGAAUUGACGGUAUCCUAUGGAAAUGAUAAAAUGAUGAUGGGCAAUAAUUUCACACUACUGAAAACUAUCAGUAGACCGGAAGUUUCCUACGAAUUUCAGAAAGACGAGUAUUACGCUUUGGUUCUGUUGGACGCAGACCCCUUCAGCGAAAAAUGUCCCUUCGGCGGGGAAUUUCUUAUGUGGUUAAUAGUAAACAUUCGUGACAAAGUGAGGAACGGAGAAGAAAUAGUAGGCUACCAGUGCCCCUUCCCCCUCCCCGGUACCGGUACUCAUCGGUACCCGAUUCUGCUGUACAAACAACCUAAAAAAAUCUCCUUUGAUGAAAGGUCCGAUUCACCCUUCGACAUUGACAGUCGGCUCUUUUUUUCAGUUAAAUCUUUCGCGAAGAAAUAUAAUCUUGACGAUCCGAUCGCUGGAAAUUACUUCACCGUUGGAUUCAAUCUUCCUUUUUUCAACGGAAAUUUCAAUAUUACUGAACUUCUACAAUAG